AAAUUUCUUGCAACGCGGACUAAAAUUAAAAUUUAUCAAUAAUCAAGGGAUCAAACGUGCUAUUAACAAAGAGGUGGAAAAGAAAGAUAAAACGUACCAUCUUUUUCUUUUCUUGUGUGGCAGACAAUCUGCUAGACCCCUACCCCAACUCCCACACCCUCAAACACACGUAUACAUACAACAUCUAUAUAUAUAUAUAUAUAUAUAUAUAUACAUAUAUUUGUGCAAUAUAAAUUACAUACAAUUAAAAUCCCUUAGAAAAGGGGGAAUUGAUAGUCCAUAUAAUAAGAGAAAUGAUACACAAAUAUGACAAUCAACAAAGGAGGAGGAGCCACUGAGUGCUGCAUGUGUGGAGAUUAUGGUUUAUCUUCUGAGCUUUUCAAAUGCAAAAUUUGCCAUUUUAGAUCUCAACACAGAUAUUGUAGCAAUUUGUAUCCAAAAGCUGAGUCUUACAGAAUUUGUAAUUGGUGUUUGAGUCCAAAAGAGAUUUCUGGAGAAAGAACACAAAAUUCUUCAAAUUCAUCAUCAUCAUGUAAAAAUACUGCAAGUGAUCAUAAUAUUCAAGAUGGUUCAAAGUUGAAGAAAAAAUUGAUGAUUAGAAAUGAAAAUGAUAUUAUUGGAAGAACAAGUCCAAAGGGGAAAUUAAAGAGUUGUACUAAUUUGAAGGUUCAACUUGUCAAGAAAAAUAAUCCCAUCAAAAAAUUACAAAAGUCUCCCUCAUUAGUGGAUGCUAGAAAAAAGGUGAAUAUUGAAGAAAAAAUAAGGAGGACAAAAUCAGAAGAAAUGUCAAAUAGAGGGAUUACAAGAAAGGUAAUUAAAAAUAGGGUAAGAAGAUACAAGCUCUUGGAUGAAGUCUCUAGUUAAUUAAUUUUCAAGAGUUUAAUUUGUAGAUUUUUUUUUUUUUUGGUAUGUGUUAGUUUUGGUGAUUCUGAAAUUUCGCACAUACAAAUUUAUGUAGAGCAAAAAAAUGGGGUUGAUUUAUUCGAACCCUUUGAUUGUGAUUUGAGAAAUUUACAAUGUAAAGCUAGGGUUAUUGGAGUACUCUUGUUAA